UUGAAACUCAUAAUUCAACAUUCAUCACUUGUACUACUUGUUAUCACACCAAAUGCAAUCUUUAUAGUCUUACCUGUAUAUAUUAAUUUAGUGCACGAAGAUGGUUAAACCCUUUUGGAGAAUAGGUUCCGGUACUGAGAGAAGUAAGAUCAGUCCAACAAAGAAUGAUGGCUUGACAUGGUAUAAAGACCUUGGCCUUCACGCCUUUGGAGAGUUUUCAAUGGCGAUGAUCCAAGCCAACAGUGUGAUGGAAGAUCAGUGCCAGAUCGAAUCAGGGCCAUUGACGUUCAACAACCUUGCAGUUCAAGGCACGUUCGUUGGAGUUUACGAUGGUCAUGGAGGUCCAGAGGCUUCUAGAUUCAUUGCAGACAACCUCUUCCCCAACUUAAAGAAGUUUGCCUCAGAGGGUGGAGAGAUAUCAGAGGAGGUGAUCAGGAACGCAUUUUCAGAGACGGAUGAAGAUUUUCUCAUGGCGGUGAAGAAGCAAUGGCGGAAGAACCCACAGAUGGCAUCAGUGGGGUCAUGUUGCUUGGCGGUAGUGAUAUGCAACGGUCUGGUGUACAUGGCAAACGCAGGAGACUCAAGGGCUGUGUUGGGACGAUAUGAGAGAGGUGGUGGAGUGAGAGCUGUUCAGUUAUCAGUAGAGCACAAUGCCAAUGUAGAGUCCGCGAGGCAAGAGCUAUGGUCAAUGCAUCCUAAUGACCCUAACAUCCUUGUGAUGAAGCACCGCAUGUGGCGUGUGAAAGGCAUCAUCCAGGUCACAAAAUCAAUAGGGGAUGCAUAUCUCAAAAGAGCAGAGUUCAACAGAGAGCCCUUGCUGCCCAAAUACAGAGUAGCAGAAUAUUUCACCAAGCCAAUCCUUAGCGCAGAUCCAUCAGUCACGGUUACUAGGCUUAAACCAGAAGACGAGUUUAUGAUUCUUGCUUCAGAUGGGCUUUGGGAGCAUCUUAGCAACCAGGAAGCUGUUGAUAUUGUACAUAGCUCCCCUCGCCAAGGAAUUGCAAGGAGACUACUCAAAGCUGCACUGAAGGAAGCAGCAAAGAAAAGAGAGAUGAGAUACUCUGACUUGCAAGAGAUCCUUCCUGGUGUCCGAAGGCAUUUCCAUGAUGACAUAACUGUUAUUGUGGUCUAUCUCAACACACAAACCAAUGGUUGGGCUUCUCCACUGUCAAUUAGAGGUGGCUACCCAUGAACCUAUCUAUCACUACAUUAUUGCCUGUGUCGUGCCUAAGAGGCAGAAGAAAUUGGAACCGGCAGCAUGAACCACAUAAUUAGUAUAGCUAGAACAAAUAUUUAUAUCUUUGAUAAUGUUAUGUUGUUUUUUUAUGAAAACAUAAAUUCAAAUUUACCCCUGUAUGCAAUUACACAGGAGGGACCUCAUCAAUUGUCAAUGCUGGUAGUUUUUCAGAAGCAAUAAAAUAGUGUUUUGAGCA